GUCCACCAUCGUCGGCUUGGAUGACACACAUCCCCACGUCCGCUUUGACAUCUUAAUCCACCAUGCUGCGCAAUACUCUGCGCCAAUGCUCCCGCCAGCUGCUGAGCACGCCGGCAAAGGCAUCCUUCUCUAGCCUCGCACAGCCAUCGAGGGCUGCCAUUUCGACAUGUCGCAGGCCUCUCGCCCUUGCGCAGCGUCGCCAAUAUGCAGUUUCCUCGGAAGACACCAACAAGGGCGUUGACCCCAACGACUCGUUUCUCCAAGGCAACACGGCAAACUACAUCGAUGCCAUGUACAUGCAGUGGAAGCAGGACCCCUCGAGCGUUCACUACUCAUGGCAGGUCUAUUUCCACAACAUGGAGUCUGGCGACAUGCCCGUGUCGCAAGCCUUCCAACCGCCGCCCAACAUCAUGAGCUCGCCCCAGGGCGCCACCCACAAGCCGGGAAUGGGCAUGGCCGCCGCCGAAGGCACCGAGGUCAUGAACCAUCUCAAGGUCCAAUUGCUCGUGCGAGCCUACCAGGCCCGCGGUCACCACAAGGCAAAGAUCGACCCACUGGGCAUUCGCUCAGAGGCCGAGCAAUUCGGAUACAGCAAGCCGCGUGAGCUUGAGCUGUCGCACUACAACUUCACCGACAAGGACCUGGAGCAAGAUAUCGAGCUGGGCCCGGGUAUUCUGCCGCGCUUCAGGACCGAGAGCCGCAAGAAGAUGAAGCUAAAGGAGAUCAUUGAAGCCUGUGAGCGUCUUUACUGCGGUUCCUAUGGUAUCGAAUACAUUCACAUCCCGGACAGGGAGCAGUGCGACUGGCUCCGUGAACGCAUCGAGGUCCCCACCCCAUUCAAGUACUCUGUCGACGAGAAGCGCCGCAUCCUGGACCGCCUCAUCUGGGGUACCAAUUUCGAGGCUUUCCUGGCUACCAAAUACCCCAACGACAAACGCUUCGGUCUAGAAGGUGGUGAGAGUUUGAUUCCGGGAAUGAAGGCCCUGAUUGACCGAAGUGUCGACUUUGGCGUCAAGGACAUCGUCAUUGGCAUGCCGCAUCGUGGACGUCUUAACGUGCUUUCCAACGUUGUCAGGAAACCCAACGAAUCCAUCUUUAGUGAAUUUGCUGGUACUGCCGAGGCCAACGAGGAGGGCUCUGGUGACGUCAAGUACCAUUUGGGCAUGAACUUUGAGCGACCCACGCCAUCUGGAAAGCGUGUCCAGCUCUCCCUGGUCGCUAACCCAUCCCAUUUGGAGGCCGAGGACCCCGUUGUUCUUGGAAAGACCCGCGCUAUUCUGCACUACAACAACGACGAAAAGGACGCCACGAGUGCUAUGGGCGUUCUUCUCCACGGUGAUGCUGCUUUCGCCGCACAGGGUGUUGUAUACGAGACCAUGGGUUUCCACCAGCUCCCCAGCUACCACACUGGUGGAACAAUCCACAUCAUCGUCAAUAACCAGAUUGGUUUCACUACCGAUCCCAGAUUCUCUCGUUCCACUCCAUACUGCUCGGAUAUCGCCAAGGCCAUUGAUGCACCUGUCUUCCACGUCAACGGUGAUGAUGUCGAGGCUCUCAACUUUGUUUGCCAACUUGCAGCCGAUUUCCGUGCUGAGUUCAAGAAGGAUGUCGUGAUUGACAUGGUCUGCUACAGGAAACAGGGUCACAACGAGACCGACCAGCCUUUCUUCACUCAGCCUUUAAUGUACAAGAAGAUCUCCCAACAACCGCAAACACUAGACAUCUACACCAAGAAGCUCCUAGAAGAAAAGACAUUCACUAAAGAAGACAUUGACGAGCACAAGGCCUGGGUCUGGGGUAUGCUAGAUGAGAGCUUCAGCCGCAGCAAGGACUACGUUCCCAACUCCAAGGAGUGGCUCACUUCGGCCUGGAACGGCUUCAAGUCGCCCAAGGAGCUUGCUACCGAAGUACUGCCUCAUCUACCAACUGCAAUCGAGGAGUCUCAAUUGAAGCACAUUGCGGAGAAGAUUGGAAGCGCACCGGAGGACUUCAACGUACACAAGAACUUGAAGCGUAUCUUAGCUGGCCGCACUAAGACUGUCAUGGACGGCAAGAACAUCGAUAUGGCCACGGCGGAAGCACUGGCGUUCGGAAGUCUGUGCAUGGAAGGCCAUCACGUCCGUGUUUCCGGACAAGAUGUCGAGCGUGGAACCUUCUCCCAGCGCCAUGCUGUGCUCCACGACCAGGAGACAGAGAAGACAUACACACCUCUGCAAGACCUUAGCCCAGACCAGGCAACUUUCACCAUCAGCAACUCUUCCCUAAGUGAAUACGGAGUGCUCGGCUUCGAGUACGGUUACUCGCUGUCUUCCCCCAACGCUCUCGUUAUGUGGGAAGCCCAAUUCGGUGACUUUGCCAACACGGCCCAGGUCAUCAUCGAUCAAUUCAUCGCUUCUGGUGAGGUCAAGUGGCUUCAGCGUUCCGGUCUCGUAAUGAGCUUGCCACACGGUUACGACGGUCAGGGUCCUGAACAUUCCUCGGGACGUAUGGAGCGCUAUCUGCAAUUGUGCAACGAGGACCCGCGUAUCUUCCCAUCACCGGACAAGCUUGACCGUCAACACCAGGACUGCAACAUGCAGAUUGCUUACACCACGAAGCCAUCGAACCUCUUCCAUCUUCUCCGUCGUCAGAUGAACCGUCAAUUCCGCAAGCCGCUUGUUCUCUUCUUCUCCAAGUCGCUCCUCCGACACCCGAUCGCGCGUUCCAACAUUGAAGAAUUCACUGGAGACUCACACUUCCAGUGGAUCAUUGAAGACCCGGCGCACGCAACUGGUGAGAUUGAGUCGCAUGAGGGAAUCAACCGAGUCAUCAUUUGCACAGGUCAGGUUUACGCAGCGCUCGUCAAGGAGCGUGAAGCCCGUGGCGAGAAGGACGUUGCCAUUACACGCAUCGAACAGCUGAACCCCUUCCCAUGGCAGCAACUCAAGGACAAUCUCGACUCGUACCCCAACGCACAGAACAUCAUCUGGUGCCAAGAAGAACCACUCAAUGCUGGUGCAUGGAGCUUCACCCAGCCCAGAAUCGAGACGCUUCUCAACGAGACACAGCACCACAACAGGAGGCACGUCAUGUACGCCGGGCGCAACCCCAGUGCAUCCGUUGCCACCGGACUGAAGGUCUCGCACAAGAACGAGGAGAAGGCCCUGUUGGAGAUGGCCUUUACGGUCAAGCAGGACAAGUUGAAGAGCGAGUAG